CUACUUUGAUGACUACCAUCGCCUCUUUCCCGAUUCUCCAACUACCUGAGAAAUCUCUCAAAAUAGUGAUUCGAAGUCUGAAGUUGUAAGAAUUAAUAAAGUUCUCCCUCAUUUCAAAAUCUACAAAACGGACAGCAGAAUCGUUGAAUCUUCAGGCUAACCCCUUUUGGCUUAACAUUGAUGGAAGGGUUUAUGAACCACAUUCUAACCUUGAACCAUAACUAAUUCUAACAUUCUAACAUUGCACCACAUUCUAACAAGUUCACUGAUUUUUUAUUGCAGUAUAACGUCUUUCUAUCACCGAAUUUCUUGGUUCCCUCUGGAAGUUGACCUGAAAACAUUUCUGGAUCAUGUCCAAAGUGUACUCCAUACGGAUAAACUUGAGUCUUUCGUUGUGCGCAGUGAUGAUUACGAUUGGAAAUUAAUUUAUGAAGCUCUUGACGGCUUGGAUAUUCCGAAGACCAAUAUACAAUGUGACUCUCAAAAUGUCUGGCUGCACAAACUUGUCCAUCAGUUUUCCAGACACUCCCUUGAGAUCAACCUUAGGAACUUCAAACAGUUCCGCCCGAUUUUAAGUUCAUACCGCCCGAAAUUGACUAUUUUUGCUGAUUUCACAGAUCUUCUAAGUGUAAACUGUGCACACUUGACAGCGCGCAGAAAUCUGUGUUCGAAGCAAGCGAAUAUUCCUAAAACAUUGGAUAAACGGAGGAUUUUAUGCACUCGAAUCUGUUUUUGUUAUAGUAUACAGAAACCGUGUGGAUGAAAUUUUUAAGGGUAUAAUGCACAAGGAUACAAGUGCAAGUGCAGAGGACUUAGACAUUCUUCCACGGUGGGUUUUGCCAAGAGCUGACUACGCAAGAGAUAUCUACAGAUGUGAUGGAAGACGGGCAACUGUUGUCAUUGAUACUUUAUCUUCGAGAAUGCAGGUUUGGAUCUCGAGAUAAUUUGUAAUUUUCAUUUUAAUUAUGAGACUUUUCCAAUGAAUGAAUUUGCUGACCAAUUUUAAUUAUGAUAUACAUGCAAAAUUUGUAAAUCAAUGGUGUUCAGGAGAAUUUUCUGUGGCAAGUUCACCGAAAUUGCUCUGAGCAGAGAGGCAGUAGGUUUGACCCUAGGCUGAGGCAGAUAGAAUGGCUACAGCUAAGGGUCAUCGGAAGACGGUCAGGAGCAAGAACGGAGCUCGGAGGAGCCCAGAGAAAUAAAAAAGGGUCUAAGCUGAUGGGUGAUCUCCUGACAAGACCUUUCAGGAGAGCGCUACUCUCACCCACCCAACGCCCCACAACAUGCCCCACACUCCCGCCGCCCUUUUCUGUUGCACACAGCUAUAGUGGCGCGAGGUCCCGCGUAGCGUCGGCCGCAGUACACAGAGUGUGAUAAUGCGCAAGCGCGGGUUUGCGGGAGUGGGGCUGGCGUCGUGUGCCCUUUUUGCGCCUCACCUUCGUAGAAGGCCUACACUUAAAUCUUAAAUAUGAGCCCUACCCGGUCAGUAAACGGACCGUUUCGGACACGGUUUUUGGUGAGUGUGACUAGAUUAAUUGUUUGUUUUUUUAUGGUCCCUUGCUUCCUAUUUUAUUUUGUAAAAAUAUUGUGGAAAAAUUCGUUUGCCAAACAAAUGUGAAUGUUGUCAUUGCGCGGUUUGCGUAACAGCGUACCGUAGUCGCCAAAACACUGCAGCAGCUAGGGCUCCCAUGAGAUCCUCGUUAGGAAUUUUUUAAAGAAUUGGAAAAAGGCAGCAGCAGUGUUCCCAGCAGCAGGAUAGGUGUAGUAAUGAAUGAAUCUGGGCAAGAAUGCACAACAAAUUGUUUCGAUUGAAUAUAUGAUCGAAUCCUCUAGUUUCCAUUUUUGUCUGGUGAUAGUCGAACGGGCCCUUCGUCCUUGGGGAGCGUCUUGAAGAAAGUCUAGCGUCUUGAAGUGCUCACAUCGCUCACUGUGCAGACAGCGACGUCUAUCAUUCGAAAAAUCGACAGCUGUGAGGUCACUUCCCGCUUGGCACGUAGAAAAUCGGUAAUUCCUCCCUACUGUGCAUUCGGUCUUGCACCAUUCAUUAUUAUUUCUUUCCUAUUUUGAUGACUACCAUCGCCUCUUUCCCGAUUCUCCAACUACCUGAGAAAUCUCUCAAAAUAGCGAUUCAAAGUCUGACUUUGGAAGAAUUAAUAAAAUUCUCUCUCAUUUCAAAAUCUACAAAACGGGCAGCAGAAUCGUUGAAUCUUCAGGCUGAUCCCUUUUGUGAUUUAUAUUAACAAAUGUGUUUAUAUAGUUGUUAAUGGCAAGACAAAUAGAAGAUUUGAUAUUGGUUGGAACCCUCUGGAAGUUGACCUGAAAACAUUUCUGGAUCAUUUCCAAAGUGUACUACAUACGGAUAAAUUUGAGUAUUUCAUUGUGCGCAGUGAUGAUCACGAUUGGAAACCAAUUUAUGAAGCUCUUGACGGCUUGGAAAUCCCUAGAACUACCCUACAGUGUGACUCUCAAAAUGUUUGGCUUCACAGGCUUGUCUAUAAGGUUUCCACUGGCUACCUUGAGAUCACUUGACCAGAUUUCAAAGGAUACCGCUCAAUGUUGAGCUCACACUGCCAGAGAUUGAUUGUUGCCGCCGGGCUCACUGAUCUUCUGAGUGUAAACUGUGCACACUUGACAGCGUUCAGAAACCUGUGUUCGAAGCAAGCAAAUAUAUUCUUAACACAUUGGAUAAACGGAGGAUUUUAUGCACUCGAAUCUGCUUUUGUUAUGAUACACAGAAACCGUGUGGAUGAAAUUUUAAAGGGUAUAAUGCACAAGGAUACAUGUGCAGACGACUUAGACAAUCUUCCACGGAUAUUUUUGACAGGAGCUCACAGCGCAAGAAAUAUCUAUAGAUGUGAUGGAAGACGAGCAAUUGUUUUAAUUGGUCAUAUGUUUUUGAGAAUGCACGUUUUGAAAUAAAUUGUAAUUUCGACUUUAAUUAUGUUAUUUUACCAAUGAAUGAAUUU